GCGGCCUAUAUUAAGCGAUCCGCGCUGCGUAGCUAUUGUUCCGCAUAACAAGCGCAGCUAUGGCUGCUUGACGCAUCGUAAAAGCAUCUGUACGCAGCACUGCUGCGUGCACCAAAAAUAUGCUGCGAUGGCUGCUCGCCGCGCUCCUCACCACCGGAAAUGCAUGGCAGGAUCCAAACGCCACGGCCAAAAUAGUGAGCGUCCCGGACACGUGCGUCGGCGUGCCGUGCGGCGGCCGCGGCCCGUGCAACCCCCGCUUCUUAGCGGCCGGCCCGAACGCCGUCAUAGACCCGUCUACAUUAUGGGUCGUCACCGUGAAGAGGGUACGACGGGCGACGGCGAGCGACUGGGCGAACAUGGAGCACUUCGCCGCCUCGACGCUCCCAGCCUAUGAAGAAUUAUAUCGGCAGAAAGUAAAGGUCGACAAGCUCGCGCUGCCCCAAGUCAUGCGGGCCCCGAGCUUCCUGACGGCGCGCGGGGCCGACACGGACUGGUUCCGCGAGACGGCUUUGUCUGCUUUAGAUGCGUUGGGUGCGGAGGCUGACGAUUCGUCUCUCGUGUUUCGGGACGGCCUUGGCAGGGACAAGUGUUUUCGGCGCGUCGUGCAUGCCACGUAUGUCCCGCGAGCGACUUACUUGAAGGAUCCGGACGCCACAAGGGCAUUCAUUCAAGCGGCCUCAAAACGCCACGGGACCACUCCAUCAGCAGAAAGGACGGUCUCGCUCAUAUUACGAUCAGUAAAGGGCGGGCCCGCGAGGAGAGCGGGCCCCGGCUGGUCCAACUCGCAGGAAUUAGUGGCACAGCUCCAGUCGUACUUGGCCACAAGACACCCUACUUGGCGCCUCGAGGUCCACACCGCUGCGCAUUUAUUCGCCUUCCGCCAGCAGUUUAGGAUGGCCCAAGCUUCCCAUGUGUUGGUGGGCGCCCACGGCGCGUCGCUCACGAAUGCGCUGUUCAUGCGGGAUGCAGGGGCCGUCGUCGAGGUGCUGAAUUGCGGGCACCGAAGUAAUACUUACAGACGAUUAGCGACGAAUAGGGGCUUGUUCUACGCGUCGGCGACGCCGUCCGGCAAGGUGCUGAAGAGCGACUGUAGCAAUGAUCUGGGAAGGAGGCACGUCGACACGCGGCGAAGCUUGCCCCUCUCGGAGUUGACUCCCGCAUUAUCUGAGGCGAUAAAUGCAGUCGAGGCGAGGCUUCCUUCUUCCGCCGAGCCGUCGUGCUUGUCGCUGCACGCGCUCGAGAAGCGGUUCAGUGAAAAUUCGACGGUCGCCAGACUCGCAAAGGUCCUCGCAUCUCCAACGGUUCAGAAAAUGACCCUGAAACGAAGGCAACACGUGAUGGCCUGUGCGGCCUACCGCGCGGGCGCCGCUAUUUCGUCAAAUCUAGCCACGGGUUCAACAGAUGCCAUGCACGCCGACCGGCGUUUAUUUCUGCUCGCGGCGUCCGAUCUCGAGGGACGACCGUUGAAUUAUUUCAUCGACGCCUGCGCCAACGCGCUCGUCGAGGCCCAGCGCGCCGCGAGGUACCUUGUAUAUUUACAUGUCUCAAAAGCCGCGGGCACGUCGCUGUGCAAAUUAGCCUCACGCAAUCGGUGUAAAGCUCCCCCGCGGUUCUCGACGCUCUGGGCGCCGGGCGACGGUUGGUUGCGGCGUCCGUUUGCUCGCGUCGAUGGCGUCGGACCUCGCGCCGCCCCCACGCCAUCGCCGCGACCCGUCUCCCGCGCAGGUCCCACCUGGGGCAACUGCGCGCGCGGCCUGUCCGUGAUGCACGAAAGCAAGGAGUCCGUGGGGAAGGGGCGGCGGGCGCGGUGCGCCGCCGUCGAGCGGUCGUGUGAGUCAAGAAGGGCGAUCUUCGAGCGGAAUAACUAUGAACUGAUGGCGAUUGAAAGAUGGGCCGACAACGGCGGUGCUACGUGUUCUCCGGACAUCUGGCACGCGACGUUGUUGCGGGAUCCUCUCGAUCGCAUCGUGUCGCACCACAACCAUCUUUGGAGUACCAUUCUGAGGGCCAGACCUAGAAAACACGAGAAGGUCCGGAGUCUGCCUGAUGAGUAUUUUAGGGGCGUGUUCCAGGAUGAUGGAUCGUGUAUCCCGGCGAAGGAAUUACCUUAUACGAUGGCAGCGCCGCACCGGACGGGCUACGACUGGUCCAUGGUCUGCGCGCUGUCGUCGGACUAUCAUACACGUUCACUGCUGGGGACGUCGUAUUCACCAAGGCCGUACGACGGCGAGACGCCUCCGCUACAUACGCAUGAUGAUAUGUUAGAUAAAGCCAAACGAACAUUACUAGACUACGCGGUGGUCCUCACGACGGACGACGCGUCUGAGGCAUUGCCGAUCGUCCGCCACGCUUUACGGUGGCGGCCCUGGUCUCUAAAUGAGGUGCUGCCCGUGCGCGACCGUCAGAGUGGAAGGAAGCGAAUGAUGUUGAAGCGGAACCUGUCGGCGGUGGACCGGUCGUUGCUCAUGGAGAGGAACCGGCUGGACAUUGCUCUCUAUGGAUUCGCGCGGUCCCUGGUCCGGGUCGACGCGCUGUUCUACGCCGCGGCGGCCGCGGCCGGGCUAUUCAGGGAGGACGUGCGCGACCCGAAGCGCGCGUUCUGCGGCGGCGGCGGCGAGCUCGUCUCUUCACACGUUGUCACGCCGGACGCCGUCGGCGGCGAGGAGGAGGAGGGGGAUUUGGAGUUUUUGGAGGAGGAGUAGUUUUUUGGGGGC